AUGGCUUGCAUGAUACUGGGAUGUGAUUUUUUAUUUGUGGCCAUAUCGUCAUGUAUUAUUUGCCAGUACAAGAUUUUACACAAUACUUUUCUAAAAUUUAACACUCCUGAGAUGUCUGAAGUGAACGAAAAACUGAGAUUUUUAGCCGAUGAUAAAUUAGACUUUAACUACAAAAAUGAAAAUAAGGAAGCCUUCGUUCGAUGCGUACGUCACCAUCAGUUACUUCUAAGUGUUACAAAGAAAUGGAAUAAUCUAUUCGGAUGGAUCGCUAUGUGUUUAAUAACAUCUGCCAUAAUAGCUAAAAACGCUACACUUUCUCAACAAGUAAUGAGACUAGCUCUGACAAUUAUUGUACUAUCUCAACUUCUAGAAUAUUGUGCAAUUGGAAACGAAUUAUACUAUCAGGCUGGUUUAUUACCUGAACACAUAUUUCAAGCUAACUGGUACGAUUUACACAGCUGCGAACUUAAGAAAGAUUUUAUGUUCCUACUACAUCAUUCACAGAAUGUUCCGUAUUUGAAUGCCUACAAUUUGUAUAAUAUCGACAUGAAUUUUUAUAUAAAGGUUCUCAAAUUGAUGUUCUCGAUUUACACGUUCUUUUCAAAAAUGGAAUUUAAAAACGAAUAA